AUGGCGGCAGGGGAUAGACCGGGAACUGUGCGCUGCGUGCUGCAAGAGCUGAGACACCAAAUCAACUCUUAUCAUCGAGUGAGAGCUAUGCUGGAUAGAUACAUGGAAGUGGGCGCGAACCUCAGAGACUUGUAUGAAGACAAAGAUGGUAUGAGGAAGGAUGAGCUGAAUGCAAUAUCAGGACCAAACGAGUUUGCUGAGUUCUACAACCGACUCAAACAAAUCAAGGAUCUCCACAGAAAACACCUCAGAUCUAUCUGUGUGCCCAUGUCAGUGGAGUUUGAAGAGCUCAUGAAAGCCAAAGACAACCCCAGUGAGGAGGCACAAAGUAAGUCUGUGUAUCUGGAGAUGUUGCUGGAGUAUCUGCAGGAAUACACGGAUCGGGUCAAGCCUCUGCUGGAUCAGAAUGAGCUCUAUGGAAAGAUCUUGAUAGAGUUUGAGAAGAAGUGGGAGAGUGGAGUGUUUCCAGGCUGGCCGUACAUAUGA